AAAUAUACAAGUUUUUUUUUUUUGGGCCAAGGAAGAGAAAAACAGAGGAGACGCAAAAGUACUAAAAGAAAAAAAGGGAAGGGCAAAAGAGAGAGAGGCUAUGUAUUUAGAACACUCCCUUCCCUUUCCCCACCACCCUUGCAUCAUCUGAGAAGGGGGCCGGGGCUAAUGGUCAUAUUUUAGGAGUACCAACCUUCUCUAAAUCUCCUUCCUCUCUCUGCUCAGUACACCAAACUCAUUCCUUCCACCAUUAUUUCUCCCACUCUAGGGAUGAGAAACCCACAAAAGAAAAUGAUCUCUUGCGUGGGUCUUCUCUAGUUUCUUCCUUGCCCUGUGUUUUUUUUUCUUCCUGUUUCUCUCACAUCUCCAAAAGUUGUAUUGGGUCUGGAAGAAGAGAAAAAUUGGUCCUGUUCUUCUGUUUUGUGGAAGGGAUGAGUAAAGAAGCAGAUAUCAAGUUCCUCAAGAUACAGACCUGUGUUCUCAAAGUGAGCAUACACUGUGAGGGAUGUAAGAAGAAGGUGAAGAAAUUGCUUCAGAAAAUUGAUGGAGUGUACACUACCACCAUAGAUUCAGAGCAAGGAAGGGUGACUGUUUCGGGCAAUGUUGAUCCUGCCACCCUCAUAAAAAAGCUUGGAAAGGCUGGCAAGCAUGCAGAGCUGUUGGCUCCAAAGGGUGGCAACAACAUCAACUGCAGCAGCAGCAGCAGCAACAACCAAUUUCAGAAGCCACAGCCCGAGCAAAGGAAAGGCCAACCCAAAGACAAUGGCAAGCUCCAGAAGAGUGGAGGUGGUGUUGGGAAAGACCACAAGGGCCAGCAACCACCUCCACAACAGCAACAGCAGCAGCUGCAACGAGAACAACUACUACAACAACAGUUACAGCAGUUACAGCAGAUGAAAGGAUUCGAAAAUCUGAAGCUGCCUCCAUUGAAGGAUCUGAAGCUUCCUAUCCCAAAGGAUCAGAAAUCUGUGAGCUUUGCGCCUCUUCCUGAAGAUGGCAGCGAUUUUGACGAUCUCGAUGACUAUGAUGAUGAGGACCUGGAUGAUAUGGAUGGAUUUGAUGCUGAUUUUGAUGAAGAUUUCAAGAAUAUCAAGAUUAAGACCAUGAAUGCACCACCCAAUGUGAAUGGCGUGAAUGACAAGAAGGGAGGCGGCAGUGGCGGUGGGAAUUCUAAGAAAGGAGGAGGUGGUGGUGGAGAUGCCAUGGUGCAAGACAAGGGCAUGGAUGGCAACAAUGGGCAGAAGAAUGGUAAUGGCAGUGGCAGCAGUGGUGGUAAAAAAGGCGGCGGCGGCGGCGGUAAUCAGAAACAAGGUGCCGGCAAUGGUGGUGGUGGAGCUGCUGGCAAGAAUGGUGGUGGUGGUGGUGGUGGUGGGAAGAACGGUGGUGGGCCUGGGCCACAGGAUAACAAGAAUGGAGGGAAUAAUAGCAAGGCUGCUCCCAAUGGCAAUGGUGGGAACCAUGGCAACAGUCCAGCCAGUGGAGGCAAGAAGGGUGGUGGUGGGGGUAGUGGAAAGCAUGAUGUGGGUGGUGGUGGGAGCCAACCAGUGAUGAAUCCCAACAUGAUGGGCCAAGGUUUCCCUGGAAUGGGAUUGGGCCAUAUGGGGAACAUGCAAGCUCCCAUGGGCCAGAUGGGGAACAUGCAAGCUCCCAUGGGCCAGAUGGGGGGCAUCCCGGCGGCGGUCCAGGGCCUUCCCACCGGCGGUGCACCGCCCGGAUACUUCCAAGGGGGAAUGGUGGCACCGCAACCGGAGAUGAUGGCUGCUGCAAACCCAUACCAGCAGCAGUGCAUUGCUGCAAUGAUGCAGCAGCAGCAGCAGCAGCAGCAGCAGAGGAUGAUGAUGAUGAUGAAUGGCCAGGAUCGCGCAUAUCAGCCGAUGAUGGGGUAUGCUCGGCCGCCGCCGCCACCAAUGUACAUGUACCACCCACCACCACCCCAGGGUGAGUCAUACACCAACUUCUUCAGCGAUGAGAACCCCAGUAGUUGCUCAGUUAUGUGAAGCAAGUUAUAUGGUGGUGGUGGUGGUUGGGGGACCAGGUUUCGCCCCAUAAUUUUCUUGCCUAUCUCUUCUAAGUUCUCUUGGUGGGAGGUUUCAUUCAAAGAGAAGAGGCAUACCAGUGGUUCUGCUGCAUAUAGAUGGAAAAUGGGUAAUUUAGCUUUUUUUUUUUACUUUUUCAUUAGGAAAAUGCUUUCUUGCAUCUCAAGUGGAAGUUAGGUCAAAGGCAUAUUUAUAUAAUAUAGGGUUAACUAUAAUAUCUGAUCUUCUAGGAGUCAAGGGGUUGUAUGGUUCUCUUGUGGUACUAUAAGAUGUGAAAGGAGUAGGAAGUGAAUGUAAUGUGGGGCUAGAUUCCAGAGAGCUUUAAAGCUUUCAUUGGAUGUGUCAAUAUGCAUUUACAAAUCCAGAAAUAAUGAUAAUAAUGGAAAUAGCUGAAUGUCCCACCCAUUGAAGAUGAAUGCUUGGUCCAGUACUUCCAUCUCUCCCUACCCCCACUUGUUCUGAAUUCAUCAUUCCACUGGAGAUGGCUGUUUGUUGAGACAGCUGUGUUUGAAGUGAGAAGAUUGUGCUGUGCUUGUCACAAGAUAAUUUUUUGAUCUCAUUUGCCACAAGAUAAUUUUCUUCAACAUCAUUUGUUACCAGCAAUGGAUUCACUUCGCAAAAACUUUGCAAGAUCCUUAGCAAAUGUUGGUACCUUGUUUCAAAGCCUUGUAAUUUUCUUCUGAAAAUUUACAGAGUCCAUUUGAAAAUCUUCUAUCUUGGUUCCACAAAUCAUAAUCUUUUACCAGGAUGUCAUUGAUCACUUUCUCUUCUAUGUUUGCAAAAUGCAAGAACCAUGGACCUGCGUCAGGAGUUACAAUCAACUUGUAAUAUUAUAUCUGUUCGUGAGUCACUUGAAACCAAGAGAGUGCCACCCCUUUCUGUGGUCCCUUCGCUGCAUGGCAAGGAUCCAUUUACCACCUGUGAUUAGUAUUUAUAUCUGUUAGUGUAAACAACUUGUAAUAUUAAUUAUUAUCGCACUCAAAGUCUGUUAUAUUUAGGUUUAUGUGAACAUCCCGUACAAACUAUUGUAUUCAAACAAUUUAUACAUCAGUCAGAAUUACAGAAUUUUUUUC